CGAUAGGUCGCCCACGCAUGUCGCAAAACGAUAUGGACCGAUAGGUUCAUUUCGAAUUAAUCGAUACCACGCGAAUUCCGUGAAAUAAUUUUAUUGAUUCUAUUUUGGCAAGUUUUCUGAUAAAACUGCGUGAGUACGUGCCUCCCGCGCCGUUGCACGUGUGUUAAGUGGGUGCACCUGUCCGCCGGCACCGUGCUGGCCAUAAAAGUCGGUGCGGCACCACUGGAUUCACCGACACCACUGUGGACCACUUUGCACCACCGCCCCCUUUGGAGUUUUGUCCCAACAAAUUGCAAAGGAGCCCCGGAAAAUGGUGGACGCCGCCAGGCAGAUGCUCGACGAGCUGAUGGGCAGGAAUCGCAACCUGCAUCCCUCGGAGGCGGGCGCCAAAGUCAAUUGGGAGGAUCCGGAGUUCUGUCAGUUCUACAACGUUAAGUUCUGUCCGCACGAUCUAUUCAUAAAUACCCGCGCGGAUCUGGGCCCCUGUGCCCGCAUCCACGACGAGGAAGCCCGACAUCUCUACGAGGAUGCUCGACCCUCGCAGCGGAAACGCCAGUACGAGGACGAGUUUCUGCGCUUUUGCAAUGUGAUGCUGCACGAUGUGGAUCGCAAGAUCCAGAAGGGCAAACAGCGUUUGCUCCUAAUGCAAAGGGAUCAGCCCAAUGUACCGGCACCCCUAAGCAGGCAUCAAGAGCAACUGGCCAACCUGACGGCCAGGAUCAAUAAGCUGCUCUCGGAGGCGGAGGAAGCCGGUAUUCGGGGGGAUGUGGACCAGGCCCAGGAUCUGAUGACCCUGUGCGAGGAGCUCAAGGAGGAGAAGGAGCAGCUGGUGCAGCAAUACGAGGCCAAUCACAAGGCCAUCAGCAGCAUCAGCCUGACCAGGUCACCGGAGGAUGAGCUGCAGCAGCAAUCGCGCAGCAGUCCUGUCACAAAUCCCAGCGAGGAAACUCCAACAACUCCUCUACCAGCCGCCAUCACCCCCGAUGAAGCGCCGGAUGCAGCGCCAAGUUCUGCGCCACCUGCAGCAGCAGUAAUCACACCGACAGACGAGGCCGGCGAAGCUGCUGGCUCAGCCAGCGAGGACAAAACGGAGAAGAGCGAUAGCAAGGCGGCUGGCUGGUCGCACGACGCCAUGCCCGAGAAACAAAUGAAGGUGUGCGAGAUCUGCGGCGCAUUCCUGAUCGUCGGCGAUGCACAGCAGCGGAUUGAGGACCAUUUGAUGGGCAAACAACACUUGGGCUACUCCAAGCUGCGCAAUGCAGUGGCCGAGAUCAACGAGGCGCGCCAGAAGGAGCGCGAGCAGGAGGAACGACGUCGGCGCGAUGGCCGAGUGCAGCGCUUCCACUCCUACGAAAGCAGACGCGAGCCGCGCACCGAAUACCGCGAGCGAAGUCGCGACUAUGUUCAGAAUCGCCAGCCCUCGGAUCGGCGUCACCAUCACCAUAAGUCACACCACAGCUCCCAUCACUCGUACUCGCGCAGUGGCGGAGGCGGUGGUGGUGGUGGUGGCGGCGGAGGAGGCGGAGGAGGAGGUGGUGGUGGCGGUGGCGGCAGCAGUCGGAGCAACCGGAGCCACCAUAAUCACAACCAUAAUCACUACCGCCACGACAGCCGCGAACGACAUUGCCGCAGUCGGAGUCGCAGCCGCUACUAGAGACCAAAAAUAAUAGAAACCAAGUGAAUAGCAAACCAAGAACACAAGUAAAUAAUUAGAGAGAGUCCAGGAGCAGUUCCCAAAGUCCCAUACCGAAAGCGUACAACUAAAUAUGAUCGAGUUCAACACGACACACAAUCUCUCGCCCAUCUACGAUCUGCGAUCUUCAGUCUUCUUCGUCUUAUGUGUUCGCAAAUCCGCAAUCUGCAAGUCCGCAAUCCGUAAGCACCAGCUGCCGUGGCCACGGGUGGCAGCAUCGAGGUAUCCCAAUAAAAAACCAAAAUCAUUAACACAAUUUCCAAAAAAAAAAAAAAUAAUAUGUAUCAAAAAACAGUUAGAAAGAAACAGUAUCUGAGCUGGCAGUAACGAGUGCGCUGAGAAGCCGCCAUCUGAGGAAAGGAGCCCGAAGGUGUAGAAGAUAUAUAUGGAAAGAGAGAGAGAAAGGAAGAUAUAUUAGAAAGAAGAACCAACCAGGUAACUUCUAUGCCACACCUCCCCACAUAAAUGUUUCUUCACGACAGACAAGGCGAAAUCCAAAAUCCGAAAUCUGGGAUACAAGAUCCGUGAUCCGCACUCCUUGAUCCAUAAAACGCUAUCCGGAAAUCAACGAUCAUCAACGAACGCUCAGUGAUCAGUGAUCAGAGAAAGAGAGAGAGCUGAGUGCAAGAGAACGCCAAGAGCCAGAGAGCGCAGAGAGAGAGAGAGAAAGAAAGAGAGAGGGAGAGAGAGAGACACUCGUGUAGAACUGUAUUAGGCAUAAUACAAAACGAGGUGAAUUUCCAUUUCUCUCAUCUACUUAUAACUAUAUUAUAUACAUAUAUAUCUAUAACUCUACCCAUUACUUCACCCCAUCAUCCUUGGAUCAAAAUUAAUAAUGCAUUGAAAACGCCGGGUUGUUAAAGUCAGUUAAUGAACAAUAUACUAUGGAGCAAUUUGAACCGUACAUAUAUACGAAAUGUAUGGCCGCUUUAGUUUUUGUGUCCGCGCAGGAUGAGCUCCUAUUUUUUCGGCCAUUCCUGCGAGGAACACAACUUCUUCCUGUCUCCCAGCAUCCCCAAUAAUACCCACUAACCACCUAACCCAUCAAGGCACAUUCUUAUUGGUUACCUACCUACCUAUCACCUAGCAAAUUAAUCAAUUGAAUUGAGUUCCCAUCGGGCAAGCAAAGUUAAGGCAAAUUUACGAAUGCAGAUUUAAGUAUAUAGUGUAACCAAUCAAUAAAACUCGAUCGAUCGCCUUUAGU